CAGUUGAAUUGUGGCUUUGCAAAGAAUAACAUUGAGUCCACUGGAAAAAGUGUUCAGCAGAAUGAAACUGUUUGCUUUCGUGCUUCUCGGGUUGUUCCUGGGCCUCUGCGACGCUCGCAGAUAUGAUGAAUGUGAGCUGGCCAGGGAAUUGGCGCAAUACUUCCCUCGCAGUCAACUGCCGGAUUGGAUUUGCCUGGUGCAGAGCGAGAGUAAUUUCGACACUCGCGCCAUGAACAAGCACAACAAGGACGGAUCCUGGGACUGGGGCCUCUUCCAGAUCAACGACCGCUACUGGUGCUCUGGUCAUCACCAUGAGCGCAAGAACAUUUGCGGCAUCGACUGCGAAACAAUGCUGAACUCUGGCCUCGGAUAUCAGAUCAACUGCGUAAAGAAGAUCCACAAGAUACACGGAUUCGAGGGCUGGGAAGGCUGGAAGGCAAAGUGCAUGGGAAGGAAUCUGCCCAGCCUGGAUCACUGCUUCAACACCUCGGCGUACUUUUUCACGAUGGAGUACGACAACUUGCCGGAACUGCUCACGAUCACCAACGGAUUGGGAUUGUUGUCCAAAAAUUAGAAGCAGGAAGAAUAAGCAUGUCAAUGAUG